CUAACACUCAGAAGGUUUUUUUGCACGACAUUUUUUCUUUAUGUAUUUCAUUCGCCUUGUUUUGGUAUUUUGGAACAUUUCUUCUUGUUUUCACAUCAAUUCCAUUUCAUAAGCAGACAACGAAGGUUUUUCGAACGCGUGGAAAAAUAUAAUUAAAAUUAUAAAUAAAUAAGAAAUUUGCAACACGGAAAAUAAAAAGGUGUUGUGAUUUGUUAACACGAAUUUAUAUUAUAGUUGAGCAAACACGGGAAUUGUGAGUGAUUAAUAAAAACAGAAAAAUAAAAGAUUGAAUUUAAUAUAACAAAUAAUAGACAAUGGCUUCUGGCGGUUUAACAUGUGUGAAAUAUUUAACAUUUUUUUGCAAUUUAUUAUUUGCCCUCUCGGGCAUCUUAAUCUUGCUAGUGGGUGCCAUGGUUCAGUUUAAUUAUGCUCACUAUUCGAAUUUUGUUAGUGACCAUAUAUGGACAGCACCCAUAAUACUAAUGAUUGUAGGCACCAUUGUGGCCUUUAUCUGUUUUUUGGGCUGUUGUGGUGCUUUGAAGGAAAACAGUUGCAUGAUUUUAUCGUUUGCCAUAUUGGCCUUAAUUAUAUUCUUCUUUGAGAUUGGUUUAGGUAUAGCUGGCUAUAUCAAACAUGCCGGUCUGCAACAGAUAAUGGAAGUACAAUUUAAUAAUACUAUGAAAUAUUACAACGAACGAGAACAUUAUCGUGAUGGCUGGACUCUAUUGCAAACAGAGUUGGAUUGUUGUGGUACUUAUGGACCUGCUGAUUGGGAAGCUAUUUUCCCAAAUAAAACUAUACCCUCGUCUUGUUGUCCCGUCAUUAAUCUUAAUGAAGCUGAAGUUUGCACUAUUGCUCAUGCCAAUAACGAUGGUUGUUUUCACAAACUUUUGCAUAUUUUGGACUCAAAGACUCUCGUUUUAGCUGGUGUAGUUUUAGGUGUGGCUGGUAUUCAGGUCCUAACAAUCCUGUUUGCCUGCUGCCUUUAUCGGUCCUUUCGUAGGAGCUACCAGACAGUUUGAAUUACGUAGUCAGGAUCCUUUGUGUCGCAUCUAAAACUGAAGUCAACUUAACUUAAAUGCUCAAGUCUGACUGUACUGACAAAACAACUAGCCGAAAAAAAAGACACACUCAAUUUUUACAGGUUUUACUAAAUAAAACUGACAAAGAAUUAAACAAAUUUUAAAAGCAUUUAAACGAAAUAAACUAACAAAUGAAAAAUAACACAAUUUCACUUACAUAGCCAAAAAAUAUCAUCACUAAUACACCAUAAACCCUAAAAAGUUUAAAUGCAUACAUAGACCUACAUACAAACAUUCAUUCAUAUUUAUUUAAACGUCCUUUGACGUUUGUUUACUGUACUUUGUAUGUAUGAAAAUAUGCCAAGUUAUUUUCAUUUGAUUUUUUUUACUGUAAUCUAUUUGUAAUUCUUUAGUUAUACAUUUUUUUCUAUAAACUUUUUAGUUUUUAUUUUGUUAUCCUUUUUAUAUACACUCUAAAUAAAUAUGUAUAUGUUUGUGUAUAAUACUACUUAUAUAUACCAUAACCUU